AUGAGCUCAGGAAGCAGAACACCGCUUCCUCGAAACAGCAAGAACAGUGAUAACCAUGGAAAGAAACAGAAAGACUCAGCGGUGUCUUCUCCUUUUCACGAUGGCGGAGAAUGUUCUAAAUCCGCCACAGAUCCUUCAACUUCUAAGAAAUAUGACAGAAAAGCAAAAGAUCGAGUACACAAGAGAGUAGCAAUCCAAUGGCUAUCUGACGAGACUAAUGUAUUUUACGAUGCGUUGAAGGAGGUAAGGCUUUCCAUUCGAAUGUUUGGUUUUUUAGAAGUUUUGAAGAAUCAUCAGCUCUUUAACUACCGUUUAAGGAAGAAAAGAAAGUAACUUUCUGUUUUUAAGAAUGGAAAGAACUUUGAGCAGAUCUCAACUUGGUUGGAGAAGAAGAAGUUUACGAGGGACAAAGAUCAAGCCAAGAACUUCUACUACAACACUUACAAGAUAUACAAGGAGAAGACAGCGAUCUCUGACGACGAGUGGGAUGGUGUUCCAUAUGGUGCGAGGGAGCUGUUGAUAGUGAUAAACGCGUUGGAAUGGAAAAAGCGAACGAAUAAUGCUAACAUUCAGACGAACAAGUUUAGAAGUCUCGUUUUAAAUGGUUCCACGGUGAUUAAGUUGCCACAGAAGAAGACUUCUGUCACACUUAAAACUCCGUAUUGUAGAGCAUUUCAAAAGUACUUUCCAUGUAAGUUAAUGUAUUGAUGUUUUAAUUCUGUUUUUAGCGUUAAAGCAAUGUGCACAAGUGCCUUUAACCUUGAACUUGUUUCUGAUGCCCUACACUUAUGAUUCCAAGUAUUAUGUUAACAAUAUGUGUGAUAUGAACCCCAUAUUGAACAUUACCAUACCAUCAUCGGCAUCUGUAACGCAGUUGUUUGAGUUUAUUGAGCAAAAAUGGAGGUACUAUGAAGGGGAGGUAGGCUAUUUACAUUGUAAUAUCAAUCGUUUACUCAUUUUAAGUUUGAAUAGCAUGGAUGGCAUAUUUUACUUAUUCUAAUUUUUUUAGGUAGAGAUGGGUUCACCAACCAUUAAAAUUCAUCUUCCUGAAGACUUUAAGCCUACUAUUGUUGAAAUAACACUAGCAGAAGACGCUGUACCAUGCUUGGAGUUUUUGAAGAAAUCUAGAGACAGAAACGAAUCUACACAUAUAGAAUACUUGGAAUUCAACUCUUUGUACGAAGGGGGGUUGUCAAGGAGUAACAUUAAGGACAUGAAUAUGACGCAGCUCUUCUUUUUUGUAAGUUUUUAAAAUAUGAUCGUCUUAUAGUAAACGUAUUUUUUUAUCAAAAAUGCUUAACCUAAUGACUAUUUAUUGUUUCAGUUCAACGAAAGCCACAACAUAACAUUGAGGUACGAAAUUGAGUACGCGAACGAUGAUAUGAACUGUUUCGAGAAGUUGGCAGAGCUAUUUGGAGAGUACGAAGAUAUGUUUGCAGACUUGAGGUUAGACAAGAGAUUGAAAGACAUGACAGAUGCUGUCAAGGAUGCACCUCCAGUUAAACGGCAGCCUAAUAAAAGAAUGGCAGAACUGGUGAAGAACCAAGAACAACAAAGUGUAGUAGAUAUUGAGAGGAACAACUUCAUGCAGCAGUUGGAAAUGUUGAGGAAGAACAGCAAGCCUAGCAACAGGAAGCCUAGGAUCUUGAAAAAGGUAUAGUUAACAAUCAUUAUUCAUAUUGUGAAAUAAAAAUAAUGCUCAGAUUUUUUGUUAUAAGGUGACUUUCAGCCAAAACCUUCGUCUUGUUCAACACCGUCGACAUCUUCGGCACCUCCAACUGAUUUUGGGCCUUUGAGAUGGGGACAGAACGUCACAGUACAAUACGGUAACAGUUAUGAACAGAUGCCGAGUACUUCACAACCACAAUUUCCUGUUGUUAUUCAGAUGCCUAUGGAGUACGUUAAUCAACCUGCUGAUGCGGAAGGUGAAGUGAGGUAUUCGGUAAGUUGAUUUAGAGCCAAUUAAACGAUAGCGAGAAUUUAUAGUUCAGAAACAGUUCAAGGGAGUAAUAUGGACUAGUUUAUAGCUGAAAUCGGCAUGUUUUUAAAUUAUUAUUUAAGAAUUUGGAACCCAUGCACCCAGAAGCACAGAACACGUUGGACGAGAUCUUUAACACCCCGAUCCAAGCUGACUUUGCCUCUCCUUCCAAAAGUCUCAUGAACGAAGCCUUCAACUUGUUUGACACUAUGGAGAACGUCAACAGUGUAGACUUCAUAUCCAACUUUGCUCAAUUGGCCGAUCACUUCAACGAAUCUCAGAGUCAAUUUAAUAUAUAG